AUGAAACUAUCAGAACCUCGAGUGUGGAAGUCGGAGGGAGGCAAAUUUAUGUGUCUAGCCUGCAAAGACGGACGCCAGCGUGACUUGCGAAGUGCACUGCGACACGAAAAUAUCAACGAUCAUCUCACUGCGACAUCAUUUUAUCUCGCUCCAAUUGAGGCUGAUUCAGUCUCUGCCACAUUUGAGUCGAACUUCCACUCUGAGAUCCCUAGUGGCCCUCUAUCGAUGGCGCUCCAAGGUAUUGCAAGUAAUUCUACAAAUUCGCCGCCACCGCCUUGCUCCAAUCCUUUCGCUCCAAGUAAUGUCCACGAGCCGUUCCUUGACUUUGGCGUGCUUGGAGACGAACGGUCAAACUGGCAGCUCGAACCUGCAGGCUUCGAUUCCGCAGUAUCUGCAAGCGCGGCCUCCCUUGAAGACUGGCUGGCAGACCAACGGUCAAACGAUGGUAGCAGCGACGACAGCAGCAGCCAGGGGGAUGUUGAUAGUGACACGGAGACUUUCGAUUCCGAAAUUGCCUUGGGAAGGCAGCAUGCCCGGUAUUCAAAAACGUUCGAGAAGGAAAACCCCAAUUGGUUUCCUUGGCCGGACAAGGAGACAUGCAUUCUGGAUGUUUUGCGCCACUUACCUGGUUCAAUGUUCUCGCAAACACAGUACGAAACGAUAUUAUGGACGAUACACUCACUUGGUGUAAACAAUGUACCAACAAUUGAUGCUAUAAGAUCUUUUGAGGCGGAGAUACAGCGACGCUGCGGUAUUCGGUCGUUAAGAUUUGAAGGUUUGUGGUCCUUCAUCCCGUCGUAUUUCAAUUUGAAGAUGUUUGGGCAGAGCUACAUUAUUGCGAAUGCAAGACAGCUAGGGUUUGACAACAUAAUAGGUUUCAAUGCCAGAGAGAAGGUUUUGCGAGAGGCCAUUAAGUUGAAGUGUAGCACCGCACGAGCUCAGCUUCGCACAAAUAUCAUCCACACGAUCUCAGGAAAGAAGAGAUAUCCAUUGGACAGGGCGACAGUCUUUCUUGCUGAGAAGCUUAAGCGGGGUGGAGUUACCAAUAAGCUCAAGGUUGAAUACAUUCUCCGAGUCGCCCUUCUGCGGCGGUUUGCUUCGGAUGAUGCUCAAGAGGACACCAGGCGUGGAAAACAGCAACACGAACAAGAUGAAGAAGAUACCGCAGGUGAUGACUCAGAUGGGGAGCGGCCAACCAAGCGUAAGAAGAAAAAUACAUUCUGGGACCGGCGCGAUGCCUACAUUGCAGACAAAAUCAAGCGCAAUGGCAAUCAGAUGGACAAUGCGGGCUGGAAGCUGUUCUUAAGUAACCUUGUACAACAAGACAUCGAACAAUGGGGGCCCCUAGACAGUCAUAUCGCCAAGCUGCAGCAGAAGGGGUUCACCCUUCUUCCAUGGGAUGCAAGGAACGGACUCCUUUUGUUAGACAAGCAGGGGCAUAUCUUUGCGGGCGCCACUAGUUCCAGAGAUCCCGGAUGGGUCCAAGUCACCACUGAUGCCUUCGACAUGGUAUCUCACACACGCCGGGCCUGCGCCUUCAUGCGCAAGCAGUUGAAUCAUAGGAGGGGGAGGCUUCCCGCCCUAGCAAGGGGAAUAUCGUAUGGGGGCGGCCAACAGGUACCCAUGGCUCUAAGAAGCUUGAAGGUCAACGACGCAGCCCUGAGCCACCUGAUGGACAAGCCAUCUAUUAGGCAUAUUGCUGGGCUUCAGUCCCAACUACUCCACACAUUUGCACCUAGGCUAGGAGCGUACUACAAAGAAACGCUGAAUGCACUCCUAGAGUCACAACCGGGGCUGGCUUGUAAUUUCCAUAACAGCGAUUUUGCGUGUCUUACCGUAAACUUUGGACCGAAUACCAUAUGCUUGGACCACACUGACUUCGUCAACCUUGCAACUGGGCUAUGCGCCAUCACUGCGCUAGGCGACUUCGAUUCCAAACGAGGUGGCCAUCUCAUUUUUUGGGAUCUCAAACUUAUUCUCGAGUUUCCCAAUCCAAGCGAGGGAACAAAGGGCAUCACUCACACAAUAUUCUGCAGGAGGGUUAUUUCGAUGGGUUGA